AUGCCUUCAAAACCGAUGCGCCUGCCGCCCGUCAAGGUCCUCCGCGUCCGCCAGCCCAACAAGAAGGAGGCCAACCCGUGUGUGCAGGUCAUGACCUCCGUUCUCGCAUGCUGGGCCUCCGCAGGCUACAACACCGCCGGCUGCGCAACCCUCGAGAACGCCCUGCGCAACUGCAUGGAUCAGCCCAAGCAGCCCAAGCAGCCCUCGUCCACCAUCAACUACCACCUCGGUCGCAUGUACGACAAGAUGGUGCCCCACUCCAAGGGCAAGUAA